AUGCGGGUACCGGGGGGGAUAAGCCCCGCUCACAGCCUGGCCGCGGGAGAUGCGGGUACCGGGGGCUGCCGGACCGGCCCGCGCAGCCCGAGCCCCGCAGAGGCGCUGCCGAGCGGGAAGCGCCGGAGGCAGCGGAGGGUAAAGCGGCUUCCCCGGGUCCGGCGGGGGGAUCUCCGGCACUGGUUCGCCCGUGCCGGGCAGGCACAGCGACCCCCGAGGCCGGGAUGUCCCGGGAUCCUCCGAGCUCUUCCCCGGAGCCGCUCCCGCCCUUGGCCGCGCCGGGCCUCGCUCCGCCCUCCCCGCAGGUCCUGGCAGGGCCGUGGGGAGGCAGCGCGGGCGGAGCGGCGGGAACGGCCGGGCCCGGCUGGCACGAUGCUGCCCGCGGGCCGCGGCGGGCGGGCGGCGGCGGCGCUGAGGGCGGCGCUGGGCGCGGGCGAGGAGCGGCAGCGGGAGCUGGAGCGGCGGGCGGAGCGGGGCCGGGCACUGCUGCGGCCCUGUGCGGGGCACACCCCGCUGCCCCCGGCCCCGGUCCCCGCGGGCCGGGCGGGGAGGGCCUGGUCCCGGUGCAGCAUCGCCGGCCCCGGCGCUGUUUGUUCCCCCAGGGCCGCUGAGGAGGAGGAGGAGCAGCCGCAGGCACAGCCCGGCUCCGGCGCUGGACACGAGAACAGGCCUUCACCCAAGGAGCUGGAGGAGCUGGAACUGCUGAACAGGGCCUUGGAGAAGGCACUGAAAGUCAGGAAAAGCAUCUUGAAAAUUCCAUUAGAGGCCCCGGGAGCUACAGGAAAGAAACUGGCAGGAGAUGGACCUGCUGGCAAGAGGGCUGAAGAGCAGCAGGUGCUUGUACCUGUUGAGGAUGUUCCUGAGAGCACAAAGGUGGGAACUGGAAGCAAAAAGCCUGGCUCUUCAAAGAAGCCCUCUGCAUACCAUCUAAAAGCCCCUUAUAGGACUGACCCCGAUGUGAAGAAGCCACAAAGGAAAGCCCCAGCCAGAUGUGUUUCUCAAGGUCCCAGGACAUCUGGGAAGAGCUCCUCAAAAGGGAGUGCCACAGAGGUCUGUGCUCCAGCUGAACCCCAAAAGACACUUGGCUUGUCCCAAUCUGCCCCAAAUGAGAAGCAGUGUUUUUCUGUGGGGGAUUCAGCUGGGGGAAAGAACUCAGUACCUGCUGGCCAGGAGUUAUUUAAUGCAGGGAAGAAAAGUUGUGGUUUCCUGGGAGAGUCCAGCAAAAAGGAGGACGCUGCAGGUGCAUCAGGAAGGAGCCCUUCAUCUGGGACAGGCACCCUGCAGGAAAAGGGAUGCCAGCUGAAGCUCCCCCUUCCCUACAGGAAAGCCUAUGCCAGGAACUCCAGGGCAUGGGAGAAAUGUCAUCUGUGCCGAACAAGUGCAGAUGCAGCAGCUGCAAGGGCCCGUUUUAUGGAGAGGAUCCAGACAACUUUUUGCUCACCAAAGGCAGACUUCAGUCCUGCAGAGAUAGAGGAGGAACUGAGGGUCCUCCAGGAUGUGCCCUCCCGUCUGAGGCAGUAUGUGGAAGCUGAGACUGCAGAUCCUCCCACUCUGCAAGGGGAGUAUGAAAGCCUUCUGACCUUGGAGGGUUUGCAAACCACAGUUGCUCAGUGCCUGCAGAAGCUGCAGCUUCUUCGAGCAGCUCUGGAGUCCCAGCUGAGGCUGCGCCCAGACUGCACUGGGGAUGUGGGAAGCUGCUCCCCAAGCUGUGUCCCUGCCAGGGGACAGAUGUGUGACACUGCAGGAGUGCUGGCUCUGCCUCUCCUGUGUUACUCCAGCUUCCAGGAGCUGAGGGACCUGUUUGCCUUGAAGCUGCAAGUGUCAAUGCUGCACCAAGAGAUUGCCUUACAAAAGGUGCUGAUGGCAGAGCUCCUGCCUGUCCUGGAGCCCAGCCCGUGCCCUGCCCGCCUGUUCCGGGCCAUCCACACCCAGCUCUGCCAGGGGGGCAGGAGCUUCCCUGUGCUGGUCAGGGAUGAGCUGGGGGACUGAGCAGGGGAGCCUCCUGCUAAUGCUGCACACAGACAGAGACAGUUCUGAGCAAUAAAUCUUCUUCCAUGAACUU